CAACUCAUGACCACAGUAAUUAUCAUAGGGAUCUCCACAGAUCAUCAUCUCCUGCAUCAUCUUCUCCAAUGUACCAAAAGAUAAGCUUUACAGAACCUCUAGAUCUUACAGAAAAAACUCCAUUAAACCUCCACUUCUUUAUAUAGCAUUCUCCUCCUAAAAUAAACAGAUACAAAAUAAAAAAGAAGAAAAAAUGGCGAUUUUUGGUGAUCCUUUUAGAAGAUUCUUAUUGAGUCCGACGAUUUAUCGAAGCUUUUCUGGUUCUCCAGCUCUUCUCGAUUGGAUUGAAUCUCCUAAUUCUCACAUCUUCAAAAUCAACGUCCCAGGGUAUAGCAAGGAGGAUAUAAAGGUGCAAGUUGAAGAUGGAAAUGUGUUGGUGGUGAAGGCGGAGGUGCACGGCGGCAAGAAGGACGAAUUCCACGGUAACGAGAAGGACAUAGUGUGGCAUGUGGCGGAGCGAGGAGGAGGGAGAGGUGGCGAUUUCUUGAGGGAAAUCGAGCUGCCGGAAGAUGUGAAGGUGGAUCAAAUUAAAGCUCAAUGUGAAAAUGGUGUUCUUACCAUUGUUGUACCAAAAGAUGCAACUCCAAAAACAUCUAAAGUUAGGAACAUUAAUAUCACUAGCAAGCUAUAAAGUCUUGGUUAUGUUGUAAUAAAAUUAAAGUAUAGUUUGUGUAUGUUGUCACAAGUUGUGGAAUUGAAUGGAUGUAACAAAGUACUUCUAGAAUAAAUAAGGCUUUUUUUUAAUCCAAGCUUAAUGCACUUCCUAUAA